AUGUUCUGGAAGCUCUCGCUGACCUUGCUCCUGGUGGCUGUGCUGGUAAAGGUAGCUGAAACCCGGAAGAACCGGCCUGCCGGCGCCAUCCCGUCACCGUACAAGGAUGGCAGCAGCAACAACUCAGAGAGAUGGCAUCAUCAGAUCAAGGAGGUGCUGGCCUCCAGCCAGGAGGCCCUCGUGGUCACCGAGCGCAAGUACCUCAAGAGUGACUGGUGCAAGACGCAGCCGCUGCGGCAGACCGUGAGCGAGGAGGGCUGUCGCAGUCGCACCAUCCUCAACCGCUUCUGUUAUGGUCAGUGCAACUCCUUCUACAUCCCGCGGCACGUGAAGAAAGAGGAGGACUCCUUCCAAUCCUGCGCCUUCUGCAAACCCCAGCGUGUCACCUCAGUCAUCGUGGAGCUCGAAUGCCCUGGGCUCGACCCUCCUUUCCGAAUCAAGAAAAUCCAGAAGGUGAAGCAUUGCCGGUGCAUGUCUGUGAACCUGAGUGACUCUGACAAGCAGUGA